CUGGCGGAGUCGGGACAGCAUGAUGCGGUAAUAUGCCUGGGCGCGGUGAUACGCGGCGAAACCGAUCACUAUGAGCAUGUGGCCGGCGAGGCUGCGAAGGGCAUUGCGAACGCAGGGCUGAACAGCGGGGUGCCGGUGAUAUUCGGCGUGCUGACUACGGACACGCUGGAGCAGGCAAUCAACCGCGCGGGUGGCAAGCAGGGCAAUAACGGCUACGGCGCGGGGCUUGCGGCGAUAGAGAUGGCGAACCUGAUGCGCGCUCUGGAUGCGCGGUAG